AUGAACGACAAUCCUCCAUUCACAAACCCGAGUCUUCAAUCGUCCGACUCAUCCUCUGAGGAAAUUUUCCCCCCGGUUUUGGUCCCUCAACAGAGCCUGUCAAGAUCUCAUCAUAACAACAGAAACAAUCCUCCAGCCUUCAACCCCUUGCGGGUCCCCUUGAACUUCUUCACUGUCCCACAGGCCCGGAAAUCAAGACUGUGCCUGCCUGGCCAAAAUACUGCCGUCGGCCGCAUCUACCAGGCCGUUGAACUGCUGGGAAGUUCGGUUGGUGUUGAGGACGACCGACUGUCCGCCGGCGUUGACGACGACCUCGACGCCCUGGAAGUCGGCCGUCAGUUCGGCGGCGUCGAUCAGGAGCUGACCGUUCGAGUCCAGCGGGUAAAAUUCCCGGAUGGGCUGCUCGUGGUUGAGCAGUGGGAUUUCGGCAUUGUCGCCGUGGCCGGUCUGGUUGUUGCAGCUACCAGCUACGAGAUGGAAGGUGCAUACGCCAAGGGUAGAUGGCCUCACACCUGGGUGCCGUCGCAUGGGAAAUUGCAUGCGAGGUUUCAAGCAGACGCACCUCGCAACGUCCAACUCAGCACCCUCAGCCUGACGCAUUCAGAGUGGCUUGCGCUUCUUCCACGGUGGCCCCGCAGUAGAUCGCCGAGUAGGGCGUCAGAGAAUACCGACAGGUUUGAUGAGGACAAGGAUCUCAUCGGCCCACAAACCAUCUCAUCAGCAAACUCCAUGCGAACCAUUCUGUCGAUGAACUAA